AAAGUUGAUAAGAUUUUACACAUGACUCGCUGUAGUGCGUGUAAUAUCGUACUAAACAGCGCCGAUGAACUUCGCUCUCACUACAACUCCGAGGCGCAUAUCCUGAACGUUGGCCGCCGUGUUGAGGGGCUUCGCCCCCUCACUCAACAGGAGCUGCGCAGCGCAGGAAUGUUGAGUAAAAGCGAUGGCGCCAUGGAUGGCGAGAACGGGUCUCCCCUUUUCUCCUGCACGCUUUGUAAAAAGUCUUUCCGCUCGGUUCAAACUCUCCAGGCGCAUGUUCGCUCCAUCGCGCAUCUUAUGCUAAAGGAGCAGCACAUCCUAGCGAGGGAUUCUGAAGCGGCCAGCAUGCUCACAACCACCUCCCUCGGCAGCGCAGCGAUGGGACUACAUCGGAGGCAUCACGCCAAACGGGCAGCGCUCCGCAAGCUCGCUGAGGAGGGGGCAAAGGCUAAAAACCACCCCAAAGUCAGCCCCGAAGAUCGCGAAAAAGACGCGGACGAAACGCGUUGCCUCCUCUGCGGGCACCUUUCGAAUGAUCCUGACGCUAAUUUGGAGCAUCUUCAGAAAAUCCACGACUUCUUCAUCCCGAUGCAGCAGCACUGUAGUGAUGUGCAGGGCCUUUUGGCGUAUUUAUCACGUAAAGUAAAUGGCUUGAUGUGCUUGGUAUGUGGAGAAAAGACACGUUCUUUCGCCUCGCUGGGAGCUCUUCGAGACCACAUGCGAGAGGCCGAUCACGAGAAAAUUGUGCUAGGUCCUGAAUAUCAGGAGUUUUAUAGCUGCCUGCUUGAAGAUCCAAACGACGUAACGCCCUCAAUGCUGAAUGAUGUGCAGGGUGAGCAAGUCGUACUGGUAGGCAAUAAACACGGGGGUAAAGACGGGAAAAAGCGAAUUUUGAUGAAACGCGAGGCUGAAGUUCCCCACCCCCGCCCCCGCGAAGCCACGCAGGAGGCGGAGCAACGACGAAUGAUUUUAGCCGAAAAACAUGAGGAAGCAGCGCUCACAAAGAAGGAGCAUCACGAGCUAGUAGCGGCGCAGGAAAAGCGGGAUGCCAAGACAUUUAAGCAAAGCGAGGGAGAUUUCCAAAAGCACCAGCUCAGGGUUAAUUUGCGUAGUAAUAAGCUUCAUCCAAAGGGCUAUGAUGGUGAAGGGAAGCUAAACUGA